AUGAAGUUCCUUCCUUUCUAUCUAAUGCUCCUUUCUCUGAUCGGAGUAGCUUUAUCAAAGAACUCAACUGAUCUCAGUGGGUUUAAAACAUCAUCAAGCGUAUCUGUUUCAGGUAUUUCCUCAGGAGGUGCAAUGGCAGUCCAGAUGGUAGUAGCUCACUCCAGUAUAAUUUCUGGUGCUGGUAUAUUCGCAGCCCCACCAUAUUUCUGCGCAAGGGGGAUCCUUCAAACAGCUCUUGACUGUAUGACCACUGGUUUCAGUGUUUACCCAACACAGCUAAAGUUAGCAGCUGAAGGAUACGAAGCUCUUGGUUUAAUUGAUAAAUUAUCAAACCUCAUAAAAUCUAAAAUCUACUUCUUCUCUGGUAAGAGAGACUCAGUAGUAUGGAGCGGAAUUGUUAAAAAGUCCCAAAAGUUUUUUGAAAAACUCGGAGCCGACGUUAAAACUGAGUAUGAUAUUUCUGCUGAGCAUACUUUCCCUACUGACUUUUUCGGCAAUGCUUGCUCGAAGUUGAAGACUCCAUAUAUUGGCAACUGCGAUUAUGAUGGAGCCAAGCAUUCACUAGAGCAUAUCUUGGAUAGAACCUUGGAACCAAAGGUUGAUUAUAAAGAAGAAAACCUGUAUACCUUUAGUCAAGAGAAAUAUAAAAUCGGACUUGCCCAUUCUUUAGGAGAGUCAGGUCUUAUUUAUGUCCCUGAUAAUUGUAAAGAAAAUGAAUGCGAUUUACAUAUUGCCUUCCACGGAUGAGAUCAGACUAUUGGGGAAAUCGGCCUAGAUUAUGUCUAUGGAACAGGAUAUCUUGGAAUUGCUGAAGCGAAUAAUAUUGUUGUCCUCUUCCCUCAGGUUAUAAAGAACCAGGUGUAUCCAUACAAUCCUAAAGGUUGUUGGGAUUGGUGGGGAUACAGUGAACUCGUCCCAAAGCCAGCUGACUUCUUAUAUCCUACCAAGAAAGGAUCCCAGAUUCAAGGAGUAUAUGAAAUGAUUGUUGAUGCACAGAAUGGAAAUUUGCCCAUCGAUACUGAGUUUGCUAUCAAAAAUUUUACCAAAUCAUCUUACUAA